GUAAUUUCGGGGUGGAAUAGGAGCUUGAGACAGGGUGCUGCAGACCCCUCUAUCUUAUAUAGAGUGAGAGAUCUCAAGAACUAAGUAAGUAUGGGUAACUCAGAGUCCAAAGAGAGACGAUUGUUCAUUGAUAUUAUUGUUCAUAUGCUUAGACAAAGAGGAAUAAAGGUAAGUGGAUCACAAAUUUCUAGAUUUUUGCAUUUCGUGCAAGAACAAUGUCCUUGGUUUCCAGAAGAGGGAACUGUAAAUGUGGAAACCUGGGAAAAGGUAGGGCAGCAAUUAAAAACUUAUUAUACUUUACAUGGGCCAGAGAAGGUUCCUGUAGAUACUUUUUCUCUCUGGAAUUUGGUUAGAGAUGCCUUAGAUCCUGUACAUGAGAGUACCAGGUUGGAUACUAAAGUUACAACCUCCUAUGGGACCAUGCCCUCGAGUUCGAAGGCAGUUAUGGCCAUGGAAGCCCAAGAAGAUUCAGAUCAAGAAGGGAAUGAUAUUGAUUUAGCUGAUGAAGAGAUUAAAUAUGAAAUGGAGAAGCAAGGGGAAGAUUAUCCCCCUCUAGAAAAAUUGACCCUUAAGUCAUCUUCAAGAAAUAAUGUCCCACCUGGAGAUUUUAUAACUAAUGAUCACCCUAGACCUCCAGAAAAAUUGCCUAAUAAAAGUUGUGUCUCCUUAAUGCAAAAAACUAAGCUACAAGCUAUUGAAGCAGGAGACAUAGACUUCUCAUUGUGUUUUCCGGUAACAUAUGGCCCACAGAAGGAGUCUGAUCCGAGGGCUGGGGAUCCUCAAUGGACUCCUGUUCCCUACAAACUCAUAAAAGAGCUAAAAAUGGCAUGUUCAGCUUAUGGAGUCAGUGCUCCUUAUACCUUAGCAUUAGUGGAUUCUCUUACAGACUAUUGGAUGACUCCUUUUGAUUGGACUCAGAUAGCUAAGAGUUGUCUUUCUGGUGGUCAAUACUUGUUAUGGAAAGCAGAAUAGAAAGAGCAAAUCAAACUUUAAAAACAUUUAUAUCUAGAUUGCAAGCCUCUGAUUUCAAGUAUAACUCUCCUCACCAUAUUCUUACUCAUGCUCUAUUUGUUCUUAAUUAUGUUAAUCUAGGACAUGAUGAUCUUAAUAAUAUGCAACGACACUGGGAACCAAGAAAUACUGUCAAACCUACAGUAAUGUGGAAAGACCUUUUAUCUGGUAAAUGGAAAGGGCCUGACAUUUUGCUUACUUCUGGCAGGGGAUAUGCUUGUGUCUUUCCUAAAAAAACUGAUUCUCCACUUUGGUUACCAGAUAGGCAUAUUAAAUAUGUAAAUUCCUUUCCCAGUAAAGUACCUGUAACUACUAGAAAUGAGCAAGAGCAGGAAACGCCGCAAUUGUGACGAACCUCCUGUUGCAGAAUUUAAAAGGCUCUCACUGGAGAAACCUGAUCUUUUUCGCCUCAAGACAGCGGCCACCUUGGCUGCCCCCCCUCCAACAUGGGGACAGCUUAAGAAGUUGGCUGCUCAGGCUGAACACUUGGUUUUAAGCCAAGGCUGCACACUCAGUCCUUCUGUUUUGUUCGUUGCUAUGCUAUCAAUCCUCGCGUGUCAAUCUUCUUCAAAGUCCUCGCCCGAAGUCUCCAAAAGCUAACUGCUGAAGUUCAACUGCUUGCUUUAAAAAAUAAAAAAGGGGGAAAUGAAGGAACCAGCCGAAUGAAGUCUCAUUCUGCGCUGUCAUGAGGACAAAGGUCCUCUCUCGACCAGCCGAAUGAAGUCUCAUUCUGCGCUGCCAUGAGGACAAAGGUCCUCUCUCGGGAAUCACUGCAAGGCAGUGACCCGUCGCCAAACCGCCUGCUGCUAGUUUUGCUUUUACUCUCUAUUCUCCUUUUCACCUAUGGGGAAGCCUGGAAACUGGAGACAUAUGUAAAAUAUUUACUAGAUCCUAAUGAUAGGAUGUGUAUGUGGACUGGUUGGGGUCCUUAUACUAAUUAUGGGAUGAGGGGACUUUGCCAGAGGAAAUUGAAAGGGGGUUUUCAAUCACCUUGUAUUGGGUUCAUUUAUAAUCAGAAAUAUUAUUCUGUAAGUCAUCUUACUAGUACUAGAUAUACUGCUUGGAAAGUUCCUUGGAAAUUAGUCAAAGAUAUGUUUGGAUGUUGCCCCUGGCAAUGUAUUGUGUUCUAAGUUUAUGACUAAUCCUAAAGGUUGCCAUUGUGAAGUGUACAAUGGAUUAGAAGACAACCUGUACCCUAAUGUGUAUAAAUAAAUUGUAAAACUCUGACUGCGUCAAUAUGAACACAACAACAUUGUAAAGCUUCUUAGAAAAGUUAUCAUGACCCUGAGAACCUGGUGAACCUUACACGAGAAUUGUAAUAAGAUAAAUGACCCUGUUUGUGACAUUGUUAAAGAUUUCUUUUCAUUGUAUCUACCUUAUGUAAACUGAGGAAAUAACCUUUGAGGAACUUUCUGUGAACUUUGUACCUUCUCCUUUCCCUGCUAAUAAUCAUGUUAUAUAAUCAUGUGAGACUAUAUAUGUCGGUGCACACAUGCCUGUCGAGGCCUAUCAUGUAGAAUUAGUUAUCCCCCACCUGUUAAGACUCCGGUCCCCAAGUGAUAAAUAACUCCUUCGCUACCUACAAUAAAAGCUGAUGUGCAGAAA